AUGGCCAAGUACGGAGAAGGAGACAAACGAUGGAUCGUGGAAGACAGACCAGACGGAGCCAACGUGCACAACUGGCACUGGGCAGAGACAGACUGUUUAGAAUGGUCAAGAAAUCUCCUCUCCAAACUCCUCAACAACCUUACCAUCCUCGACGGCGAAGGGAAUCUCUUCAUCAACAUCAACAAGGUUGAAAAAGUUGAGGGAGAGGCUUAUGUUAAUGUCCGAAAGGGGAAAAUAAUUCCGGGUUAUGAAUUAAACGUGGUUCUUUCGUGGCAAGGUGAAGCGAAAGAUAAUGAAGGGAAUAGUUUAUUGAAGGUAGAUGGAUCUGUUGAAAUUCCGUAUAUUUCUGAUGAGAAUGCUGAUGAAGAUCCUGAGAUUCGUGUCACGGUGAAAGAUGAAGGCCCAAUUGGAAAGACUUUGAAGGAUGCUAUGUUUGCGAAAGGGAAGCCCCUGGUGGAGGAAAAAGUUAGAGUUUAUGUGCAGAGUAUGGCGAAAGGUGGGCCCGCGAAGGAGGAAUUGGAGAUUAAGAAGGUGGAGAAAAAGGGGCAGCCGGUGGCUGGGGCAUCGGUGAAGAAGGAGGGGAAUGUAGCUCCGGUUAUGAAAAAGGAGGAGGUCAAGAAGGAGUUAAAGAAAGAGGGUUUUAAGAGUAUUAGUUUGACGGAGAAAUUUAGUUGUAGAGCCAAGGAUUUGUUUGAGAUAUUGAUGGAUGAGAAUAGGUGGAAGGGGUUUACGCAGAGUAAUGCGAGGAUUAGUAAAGAGGUUGGAGGGGAGUUUAGUAUUUUUGAUGGGUCGGUCACGGGGAGAAAUUUGGAAUUGCAGGAGGGGAAAUUGAUUGUGCAGCAAUGGAGGUUUGGGAACUGGCCUGAUGGGAUUGUUUCGAAGGUAAGAAUGACUUUUAAUGAGCCUGAACCUGGGGUUACUGUAGUGAAGGUGGUGCAUACUGAUAUACCUGAGGAAGACAGAUAUGGGAAUGCAACUGUGGUGGAGAAUACUGAAAGAGGAUGGCGGGAUCUUAUUUUAAACAAGAUACGGGCAGUUUUUGGUUUUGGCAUAUGA